UUACUGCAAAAACACACACAGAGGCACACAGGGGUUAGCGCCCUUCCUAUUCUUCUGCACACAGUGGCAGGAAGUUGUCCAGAUAUCCGCAGGGCCUCUGAAAAAAAAAAGGAGUGAGCGAAUAGAGUGAGCAGGGUGGCUGAUGUAGCAGUGAUGACAUUUGGUGACUUCGCUUAGUGCGAGCAGCAAGACCUCAAGAUGUUCUUGAUGUGAUGGAUCAGGGAUAGAUUAGAAGAUCUUUCAAACGCAGGUUUACAGAAGAACGUGACGUGAACAUGCUGAGUCUCAGGAUGUUUGUCCUGUUGGGAUUGAGUUGCACGUCUCAAGCAGCUGGCUCCAGUGAUCCAUGGGACCAGUGUCGCGAGAACAAUUGCAAAGAGAAGUUUGGAGAUGGGACAUGUAACCGAGAAUGCAUGGAGUCACGUUGCCUUCGAGACGGAUUUGACUGCCUGAAGAAUCGGGGUCACUGCAAUCCGGGACACACUCAGUAUUGUCGAGCUUAUUAUGCCAGCAAUCGCUGUGACCAGGGCUGCAACAACGCUGCCUGUGGAUGGGAUGGAAGUGACUGCUUCAGAGAGCAGAGCCCUCUGUGGGCCAAAGGCACCCUGCUUCUUCACACCAAAAUCCCAAAGCAAAAUCUCUCCCUUGCUGUCACUCCUCUACUCUGGACACUCAGCGUCAUCCUGCAGUCACCCCUCAAACUGAGGGGAAACAUUUCGCUUGCAGCAAACUUGAACUUGUUUGAUAUUUACCCUCAGAAGUUUGCUGACAUGCUGGCUCACUCUUCACCAACAGACUCUAAUGGUUCCCUCCUGUUCCUACAAGUCGACAACAGGCCUUGCUCCAGGUCACCUUCUACCUGUUUCCCGUACGCUACGGAAGCCGGCAGUUUCCUACAUGCAGUGAUAAUGUCAAAGCCUUCGACGUUCCCAAUGCUGCAGGAGCUGCAAGUCAUUAUCGGCGUCAGAGGUGUCCAAGAGGAAAUAGGGAGCAGAGAGGAGCAAGUGGAAGUUGAAGAGCAAACCCCUGCCUGGAUUUGGGCUGUGGCUGCCAUUGCAGUUGGACUUCUGAUUUUGAUUCCUCUGGUGGUCUUUCUGGUGAUGAGGAAGAUGAGAUUGCAGCGAUCAGAGAACAACGGCAGUGUUAGGGUGAGACAUCGGUCUAAAGUCGCUAACGAUGAUGACAGCAGCAAAUCCAAGGCCUGGAUGCAACACACACCACACCAAGAGCAACGAGUUCGAUAUAACAAAGAGAAAGACAAAAUUAGCCUUCGGAAGAAAAAGAAAUACAAGGAAGCAGAGAAAAAGAGGAGGAGGGAACCGUUAGGGGAGGAUGCCAUACGAAUGCGGCCUUUGAAAAGGGACCAAGAGCCAGGAAGUGACACAGAUUUUACCCAAAGCUCAAUGGAGGACAUCAACAUAAGAUGCUCCAGGCGACAGGAGGACCCCUCUAUCUGUGACCACAGGACCGCGGACCAGAGACACUUUCGGCCUGGUGCCGGUCAAACCCGCAGGCCAAUACAACCUCCACCUAGAGGAUGGGAAAGGAAUGCCAUGCCUCCUCCUUUGCUCAGUCCCCCUCAGCAGUCAGCAGAGUGGUGUGGUCCAGAUGGGUCUGUGGUUCUGAUCCGAGCUGUGCGCAGCGGGCUGGACAGAGUGGUUCUGGAGCUGUUGCAAGCUGGAGUUCCAGUGAACAACACAGAUCAUACUGGGAGAUCAGCCCUACACUGGGCAUGCUCAGUAAAUCACCUCUCCCUAGCAAGGACCCUCAUUCGUUACGGAGCCGCUGUGGACCUACAAGACAACAAGGGUGAGACAGCGCUCUUCCUCUCCUCCCUCCAUGGCUGUUAUGACACUUCCAGGCUUCUCCUGCUUCAUGGAGCCAACCUGGAGCUGCAUGACCGGAGGGGCCGUCGUCCAAUCGAUGUGGCCAGAGAGGCCAUGCACCAUCAGGUCCUGGAGCUCUUGCUGGCCCACCAGAUCCAGAGAGGACCUGUUCCUGUUAACACUGCCAACGAUGUGAUGUGGGAGGAGCGUGCUCUAAUGUACUCGCCGUGGGUCAGUUCUCAGGGUCUCCCUGGAAGAAGUGCCUCAUUCUCUGGGAUGAUAGCCCAUCGAGACAUGACCUCACCACCUCAGAAUGAUUGGUCAAUGGGUCGAAUGCAGUACCCACCGCCCCAGAACUGGAGACCCCAGCUCAACCAAUCAGCCACGGCGCUCGUUCCUCCAAGAAUCAUGGGUCGUUCCCCUCGGCCAAUCAGUACCUUACAGGAGGUGACAUCAGAAGACGAGGAUCGUGACCGGCAUCACGAAAACCCCCGAGCCACUACACCUCACUUCCUCUCUCCCCAGCCAGCCCCCCGGCAGCGCUCUUUCUCAUGUACCCAGCAUGCACUGCAGCGCCGCUCCAGCGCUCUCCAGCCUGAGCCGAAUUACCUCAUUGUGACAGACAGAACAGCCAAUGAGCCCAUUGAGAGGCUGGUGGUUUCACCCCCGCCGACCACUGCCGCCCAACCAGAUCGCCAACCAGCGAUGAACGGUGAAAACACCAGCAGAGUGGAACAGGCGGCAGUGAGUUCGGUGAAUACUGAGCAGAAACCCAACACAAACAGCACCACUGACUCCACGCAAACAGUCCUGUAGGACAGAGAAGCAGGCAGUGAAAUACAAGAGGACGGGACUCAAAUCAGCUAUGUGCAAGAUACACCGGUUGAGUCAAGAAAAUAAAAAAAACCUCUUGGACAUCUUGUUAUUCAUCAAUGUUUAACAGCCAUGUUACUCCUCAGAGACAGUCUUUACCACUUUUUCCACUUUAGGCUUUUCCUAUUAUGCAGGGAGUCAUUGUUGUAAAUAUUUUUUUGGAUGAAUCCCACUUCCUUUCUAAAGUUUUUCUAUAUUUUUCUUCUAAGCAACUAGACUUUCUUGUAAUCUUAUCAAAUGGUCAUAUUCCACAGUCUUCCAGUCUUUCUGUAGUUUUCUUAUGGAAAGAAGUUAAAAAACAUUGAUGGUUGAAAGAAAAACCUUCAGGAAGACUGGAGAGGUGUUGAUAAAGAUCACAAGAAUCUGACUUCUUUAAAAGGAAAUUAUAAAGAAAUAAGAAAUGUUUCAAGACUUUUGCACAGGAUUGUGGAUGUUGCAGCAGCUUGUGUUCUGAUCAUUGCAGAAUGUUCAAGGAAAAAAUAUUUUUACAGCUGUAUCUAAAAUCAGAAUAGACCUGAUAGCCUAUGUACAAUAAAGCAAUUUAUUUUACAUUUU